CGUUCUGCAACCUAGUAGACUAGCGGGCCACUUGGGGCAGCCUGGAGCAUAUAUCGGUCUUAUCAAUCACUCACAAUUCUCAGUUCAACGAAACAGACCUUAUGAUGAGAUAGAUAAAAAAAAAGAAACUGCCUGAAAAAUAUUAUUUUGUUUAUAAAAUGGGCAGCCCUAGCUGGGUGAUACCGGUUGCUGCGCUUAGCACUAUCUGCGGCGUUGGAUUUAUAGGCAUUUGGUUUUGGUUUCCACGAAUGCUGAAAAAGGGUACACAGCAAGAGCUUCAAGUUUUAGCGGCAGAGCGAGCUGAAAGAGACCGAUACAUGCAACAGAAGAAUGCAGAAGAAGGCAAAAUUGUACAGGAAACGCAAGUUACAUCGGUACCAAAGGAGUUGCCUCAGGCGGCUUAACAUGCCUCAAGAUACGACUGGCAGCAAGGUCUUUACCAUGAUAUUGAUCACGAAUUGAAUACUCGCACUCCGGAUGAUGUCACAUACGAACCAAUAGGAGGAGGGUAUAAAUUGAACACUAGCACUAAUUUAAUGCUAUAUAUUAUAUCGCCUGACCACUUCGUAUGCUCGCGCGCGAUAUAUUAUUAGCCACUACGACGCAUUUAUCUAACAAGAUAGUCAAACUGUCUAAUAGCUGGAUCAUCUAUGGGUAUCUUUAAACCGCUGCCUUUUAAAAGAUCCUAUUUGCCACUCGCCACCCCGAUCAUACUUUCCCGAUCAUACUUUAGUGCGAUUUUCAGAGGAGCUUUAGAUCGAGCACGUUUUUGCAAAAUCAGCGGUAGAUACACAAUGUCGAUAUAGUUUACCUGCCGACUUGGGAAUCUUUUGUAUGUCGCACAUGUCCCCAUGCAAUGUCGG